GACCAUUUGCUGUACAUUUUAAUGUCGACGUGAUGGCAACGUUCCGGGUUUUAUGCGGUACGCUACUCCCUACCACCGAGGUAGUACAGCAGGCAGUUAAAAAACAUCCGUGGGACCAUUUUUGGGAAAGGUAAAAAAACUGCGCGACAGCCCGAAAGGAACAAAAAGGAAAGGCUCUGCUGUGGGUAUUUUUUCUUUUCUUGAAUUUUUUCCCGCGGGUAGCAGCGCAGCAGUUGGGUAGCGGUUGGGUAGCGGUCGCGGUAGCGCAUUCAUCGCACGCUCCGCUUCAAUGACAUUUCUUUGUUGUCUGAUGUCGUUAACGACAAUGUUGUUAUUGCCAUGACGGUGCUAUCGCCCGGACAGGCCACCAGCCGGUAAAUACACCAACCAUUUUUCAAUUGCCAAAGAAUAUAAAAUAAUAAAACUUUGUGUAAGAAACGCAAUUUGAGCGGCCUUGAUACAGUCACGUACGCCAGCAUCUCGUUCAUUAUGAACGAUCGAAUAUUUGAAUUCUAAAUUUCUAUCAUGCAGCCUAUAUAGAAAUUGUGAAUUCAUCCGUAGAAUUUGACUUUUUCCUUCGGCUGGCUGAUCGAAUAUUGCAUAGAUCCAAUCUAAAUUUAAACACUUGAUGCGAUACAUCCUUUCCGCUUUCCUACCUGCUGCCAUCUAGUGGCUAGAGAGUUGCUCUGCUCAAUGAGACCCUCCCCUUAUUGGGACGACCACCACUACACGGUUGGAAAUGUUUUGGUGUUGCUGCCGGGCAGCCACAGCAGCAGCAGCAAUCGGGGAAUAGGUUUUUUAGAGGCCUACGAGAAGCCGAGUGACUUUACUAGCGAUUCUGCUGCCGUUCGACAAAGUCGUCCCUUUACAUUCACACAAGUGUCUCCGCGCUUAUAGACGUCCUUGCUAAGGCUCUAUACCUACAUACAUAGUGUCAGUGAGUUGUGUUAUGCAUCGCCCUUGACGGUAAAUUAUAGCACAACAUUGUGUAUACGUUAUCGGCUAUAGUCCACGUAUUAUGUGUUUGUUUGGUUUCGUUCCAACCCUGUGGCGAUCAGCAGCUCCAACCUUCAAUAUUUUAGCGUCUCCAGCAGCAGCCAUUCAACUGGUUAUUAAAUUGAAUGACAUUGUAUAUAUAGCUCUACAUCAAAUUGCUAGAGAGAAAGAGAAAUAAUAACAGGGCUUGGAUCAAUCAAACGCCUGUAGCGUUGCCCAGGAUAUAUAGCUACUUUACGCUGAAGACUGAAGACUGAAGUGAUUAGUUUCCUUAUCUCUGCUUUUCCCUGCAAUAAAUAAUACGACGAAAACAUUUACCCGGAAAAAAAAACUAUUCCAUUACAACAAACGUUGCUGCUCCUGGACCCUGUGAACUUUGAAAAAUUAUUUAUUGUAUAUAUUAUAUACACGCACAGCAGCGAGUGCCGGGAAUAAAAGGCAAAGUGGCACAACAGUUAUUAUAUCUAUUGCACAAUGGGCAGCGUCGAGAGCUUUGGAUUAGCAGCCUGAAUGAGACGGCCAACAUCCAUCACCGACUGUGAUAACAGGAGUCAGCAGCAGGAUCGUUGAGAGCGUCCGUCCGUUGAUGGCCGGCCAGCAGUCACAACGUUGGGGCUAUGUCCAACAGCAGCAACAACAGCAACAACAACUCGUCAGCCAGCACGCGACCAACUCAUCUUCGUCGUCUCAUCCGUCUUUCAUCACCGCCGUCGUAGCGGGCAACAACAACAACAACAACAACAUGUUGCCGUUGUCUUCAUCUUCGUCGUCCUCUUCGUCGUCGUCGUCGUCGUCGUCGUCAGUCAGCGACACGGACGUGGCCAUGAUGGACGCCGUCAAAGUCGACCCAUUAGAUCUCACCUGCAACAGUCAGAGCCUCAACGUCACCAGCAGCAGGAGCAAUAGCAAAAGCGGAAGCGGCGGAGUAGGAGCUGGACACCAGCAGCAGCAGCACCGCAACCACAGCAGGAAAGUGGACAGCGCAGCGGCGAUGGAGCACCACAAUAAUCAGUCAUCCGGCACUCAGCCGAUCCAGCCCAGCAUGAUGGGAUCAUCCAGCAGCAGCAGCAGCAGUCGGAGCGGCGGAGCCAUGUUGUUCGGCAACAACACCAACGACUGUGAUAGUAGUAAUAUGGACCAGCAGCGUCAUCGCCUGAUGAUGGGCAGCGGAAGUACAACGCAACAACCGACGACACCCGCCGGAAUUGCAUCCGCUCCGCCGUCACAGACGUCGUCGUCGUCGGCGAUUGGAGGCGAAGAAGCUCAUCGUUGUGACAUGUGCGGCAAAACGUUCGCCGUUCCGGCCAGACUCACCCGCCACUACCGAACGCACACAGGUGAGCGGCCGUUCGUGUGUGAAGUGUGCGGCAAGUCUUUUUCGGUCAAGGAGAACCUGAGCGUCCACCGGCGGAUCCACACGAAGGAGAAGCCGUACCGCUGCCCGCACUGCGGCCGCGGCUUUGAGCACAGCGGCAAACUCCACCGGCACAUGCGGAUUCACACGGGCGAGCGCCCGCACCAGUGCACCGAUUGCGGCAAAACGUUCAUCCAGUCUGGCCAGCUCGUCAUUCACAUGCGCUCCCACACGGGUGAGAAGCCGUACGUGUGCACCGUUUGCAGCAAGGGAUUCACCUGCUCCAAGCAGCUCAAAGUCCAUUCACGAACGCAUACAGGUGAAAGGCCUUACGCUUGCGACGUGUGCGGUAAAACGUUCGCCUACAAUCACGUCCUGAAAUUGCAUCAAAUGUCUCACCUGGGCGAGCGGUUGUACAAGUGCACCAUCUGCUCUGAGACGUACGGAUCCAAGAAAACGUUGGAGGCUCACAUCAAAAUGCACGGCGUCUCGCCCACCAGACAGUCGCCCGUCCCUUCCACUUCGGCGGCGGCUGCCGCAGCGUCGACUGCCGCCGUCGCCUCAUCUUCUCUUCCGGCCAAAAAUUCCGCCAUGCAGCAACAGCAUCAACAACGUCCGGUUGCCACCGAGCAGCAACAUCACCAGCGUUCACACCAAGGCCGUCAUAUCUCCACGAGUGGAGGCAUCUACAUCGACAACAACCAACAACAACAACAUCAAGGCAACAAACGAUUGGCCGUCCAUUUGACAGACGGCGGAGCGGAGCGAAACAGCCAACAACAACAACAAUCUUUGCUUCCGCCUUCCUCCGCCGAGAACAGCCGGAGCAGCCCGUCUGACAUGGGCUCGAUUAUCGGUCCGCCCAUGUCUUCCGGCAACAACAACAACAACUUGUUGCUGAUGGAAGCCCAACGCCAUUUCCCCAUGCAGCAGUGGAAUGUUUUGAACAAUUUGGCUCUGUCCCGGGCCACUAUGGGCCAUCACAUGGCUCGUGACUUUGAAGACUCGCAACAACACCAACAACAACAACAACAGAUGAUGGCCAACCUGCAGCAUCAGCAAGAACAACGAGCCGCCAGUCAUUUUGCCUAUCCGCAAUUAUUGAACGCCACCAAGGAUCGACUGGCGUUGCCCCACGUCCCGUCCGAUCCCAAACGUCUGGUCCCUCACAAUUUCACUGGCCAGCAUCAGCCGGCCUCGUUGAAACACCACCAACAACAGCAGCAGCAGCAGCACCAGCCAGCACCGAUCAAUUUCCCCCCGUCGUCGAUCGCUGGAUCGCUGGAUCGCGAAGGUUAUCCACAUCAGCAUCAGCAGAUGACGACUUACUUGCGUCCCAUGCCUCCGCUCAUUCCCGUCACGGCGACUGGACCUCUGCUGGCCGCCACGCCGACUUCGCUUCGCUCGCUGGAACAGCGGCCGCCGCAUCAGCCGAUGGCGGGUCACUCGUCCGCCCCGGAUUCGUCGGCCGCCGUCCCGCCAGCCCUGCGCCCAUUGGACGGAUCGGCUGCGGCCACUCACGGCCCGCCGCGCAAAAGCUCGCGCUUCCGCGGCGGAGAAAACGGCUCGACGGGCGACGGCGAAUCGUCCGACUCUCGUUCGUCGUCGGCCUCGUCUUCGCCGUCGCUGAUGUUGACGGACGUAAUGGCGGAUCCGGCGGUGGCGGUGGCGUCCAAUCAGGUUCUGCCGGACCCUUUGCGAUCGACUUCAGUCAUUCGGUUUGCCCAUCGGCCCAACUCGUCGCCGCCGUCGUCGUCCAAAUGAAAUUUGCCCCCGGCGUUCUAGCAGCAGCAGCAGCCGAUUUUUCAGUAGUACGUGCAUAUAAUUUAAAUGAGUAAAACGACAACAAAUUCGAACGACACAUCUCCACUUGAUGAUUUUGGCCAACAAAUGGGACCUGCUCCGUAAUAUAAUCCUUCCGCUUCCCCCCACCCACCCACCCCCACUCCCGAGAGCAAUUAAAAAUUUGAAAACAUUUCCCGAAUUGAAUAGAAGAAAAUCAGGGACUGAUAAGUAUACAUAAACAGCGUGCUCAAACACAAAACAGGGCCUAUAAUUAUAUACUCUUUGACAUUUUUCUACAAAUUUGAUUUUGUUUCUGUGUGAUUUCCCCUCCCCCCCCUCUCGUUUGAAAUCGACACAAACAAGACAAGGAAUGUCGUGAAAAGAGUAUAUUUUCGAACGGCGACGUGAGCAGAAAAGGAGGAUCGAUUUUUUGAAAAACAAAAGACGCGCGCUAUUUGUGAUCAGUCUUGUUGUUGUUGUGAUCAUCAAAAGGUAGAUAUAUUAUUAUGUAUCCUCGUUUGUUUUAUUGUUUCUUUGAUUCGCUCUUAAUGAUCUUGUAUAAUAUCUAAAGUCUCGUGCCUGCCAUCCCUUCUUCCCUGUCCGCAUUUCAAUGUGAGAGAUUCAAAUUCCGUUUGUUUUGAUAAUAAUCGGGCGAUUUUCACCAACGAUUUCAAAGAGUCCAUAUAAUCUAUUGAUAUACAACGUGCAUUUAUAUUUACAUCCAUAGAGAGCAUUUUAUCUAGACUCUUUACUUUACAAAAUUGUUGUUUAACAGUUUGCAUACUGACGGACGUCUUGAUGGUCUCAGCGUCCAAACACCUGUCCCCCCACCCAUUUUGAUUCAAAUUUUCGCGGGAUCUUUCACUGGGUCUGUAUACGGGUACAUUCGAUAUCACAGACGACUGGAGAGACAAAAUUCAAAAAUGAAAACCAUUUUUUGGUUAUUGAAGUUACAUAGUAUAAAAUUCCCCUCUUAUUAUACACACCCAACCCAAUAUAAGAUUUCCUGUAUGGUUUGCCAUCUCUUAUUCCGUCUGCUUUUCGUGAACGUGAAAGCGGUACUGUUUUUCUAACUUUCAAAAUGGCAUUUUUGUGAAAGGAAAAAAAUUGAUUUUGGCAUUUAGUGGUUUUUUCGAAAAAUCUUCUAUCACUCUCGUCGCUCAUUUACGAGUCAAACGUCUCAGCUAUAUAUUUUUUACCUUAGCCUCCUCCUCCCAACUUUCUUCCCCUUGAAAAAUGUGGUGAUCCAUUCAGAAUUUGGUUUUUCGGCGUCGCAACCGAAUUGAUAAGUGAAAACGAAAUUGUUUUUGGUUUCUUUCUGAUUGUGUUAAACAUGUGGACCACAAUUUCGAUGACUAUAUUUUUUGUCUUGAUUACCGAACAGUCGUCGUUCAGUUUUGAUAUAAUUAGGUCCAAAAUAGCUCACAAAAAAGAACCAAGGUCUAUUAUUAUUAUAUAUCGUGUAAAUGGCAUUUUAUGAUUUUAAUAUCAUCUUUUAUAAUUUGCGCAGCAGCAUUUGUUUUCGUGGUGAUAGAUGUUUCCGUUAAUUCUUUUGAUCUCCCCUCCGUGUAAUAAUUUUCAUUCUAUUUUUUAAUUGUGCGUGCAGAUCGAGGUGGACACAGGGUUCAUUUGUUCAUUGAUGAUAUGGCAUCUACGCCACAGGGUGGAUCCCGUGAUUAAAUGUGAGCUAGUUUUUUUCAGAAAAUCAAUCAAUUGUUGAUUUGCAUUUUUCUCUCAAUUUUUCUCUUUCUUACAAUUUGUAUCAUUUUAUUUCUUUUAUAUUGAUCCGUGUUGUUUCAUCAUGAUAUGUAUAACGAUGGCCGGGAGGGAACACGUGAUUUUUCAUAUAACAGUACCAAAAUGUCAUUGAAAUUUGAACUUUUUUGCUGUCCUCAACAUGAACGAAUUAUCUCCGUGUUUCGUCGUCAAUUUUUUUGUAAAUCACCCAACACAAUUUGUUUUUUUCUCUCCUCCCCUUGUUUGUUUUGUUCUGUGUUUCGUCGUUUCCAAAAGAAAAUUUGAAAUAUAUGGUUUGCGUCUUA